AUGCCACCUAGCACCUACUCAGUUCCAUCUAUACUCCUAACCAAUGCAUGUCAUGUGACAAAUAAAAUUACAGAACUUUCUGGAAUCGCUGCUGUCAAUAACCCAUCUCUGGUCAUAAUUACAGAAUCCUGGCUGAACUCAAAUAUUUCGGAUGCUGCUAUAGAAAUUAGUGAGAAGUUCAACGCAUAUCGACGAGACCGCCCUACCCCUGGUGGCGGUGUCUUAGCCUAUGUGCACCAUCAAAUGCCUACUACCCGUCUUACAAAUCUUGAAGUGGAAGAUAAAGAAGUCUUAUGGCUCCUGCUUAAACCGCCUAGAACUCCCAGGCCUUAUAGUGCCAUAAUAGUUAUUAGUGUAUACUACCCACCAGGUCAGACGAUGGAAGAUGAAAGAGCAAUGCUCGAGUAUAUCACAAAUGGACUUGAUGAAAUUCUGAAAGACCAUCCUUCAGCAGGUAUAAUCAUCGCCGGAGAUUUUAACAAAAUGAAACUGAAUCUAGUAUGUAGGCGCUUUAACCUUUGCAAAGUUGUACGAGCUCCUACUAGGGGCAGAAAUAUUUUAGAUCAAAUCCUUACUAAUAUGUCAGAAUUUUACAAUGACAUCCAACAUCUCCCGCCGAUUGGCCGCUCGGACCAUCAGUGUCUCUUACUCACCCCAAAGCUGAAAGAAAAAGUGAAGGCGAUUUCCCGAAAAGUACGCCUGACAAAAUGUAGUAACUUAAUCGAUCUGAGUGUCCAUCUGAACAGGCAAAGCUGGGAAAUGGUUUAUGAUGCUGAUGAGAUUGACGAUAAAGUUUCGAAAUUCACAAGUAUGAUCACGCGUAUUCUUGAUAAAACGCUGCCCAAACGUACUGUACGUUUUCAUCCUUCAGAUAAACCUUGGAUGACCCCGCGUAUAAAGCAAGAAAUAAAGGCCAGACAAAAAGCGUUUACGUCAGGGAACAGAUCAAGAUACCAAUUAUUAUGUGACAAAGUUUCUUCACUUAUAUCUAGUGCUAAGAAAACGUAUUAUCAAUCGAAAGCGGAAGAUACACGUGUAACAAGCCCAGCAAAGUGGUAUAAAAUUAUAUAUGAACUUGUGGCUGCUAAUGAUUGUAACUUCCAAUCUUCAGCAGCCCCCACAGAUGACCUAGCUGAACGCUUACAACAAAGUUUUACCAAGCCUUGGCAGAGCACCACUCCUAAUGAAAAACCAAAACUAGAGGAAAUUGAACAUUUACUCAAAGAUACCAAGCCGCUGUUACCUUCGAUUGGACAAAUUAAGGCAAUUCUCAAACACCUAAACCCUAAGAAAGCAAGCGGUUCGGACGACAUUCCUGCAUGGCUACUGAAACGUUACAGUGAAGAGCUUGCCCCUAUUAUUCAUAAUAUCAUCUGCUCUAGCAUUUCCCAGUCCAAAUACCCGACUCUCUAUAAGCACGCAUUGGUCACCCCUGUGCCCAAAGUAUACCCCCGAAUGAUAUUGACAAUGAUUUCCGGCAAAUCUCUGUAUUACCGCAAAUGGCAAAAAUCUUGGAAACCAUACAACUUAAACUGA